GUAACUCUUUUUGCCUAUGCUAACAACGCAGGAAGAAAAAUACAAACAUUACAACUGAUAAAAAAAAUUUCAAAAAUCAUAAAUCAAGAUCAAUCAAUCACGGAUCAAUCAAUAAUUUUGAUGAUCAUUGAUUAAUUAAUGGUUCCGUUGCUACAGCUACAUUUUGAAAUGAAACCGAAGCGAAGUAGAUGAUCACAUAAUUUUUUCAAUUUCAGUGGAAUCAUACACAGAACGUGAAAUCUUCCCCAAAAUUGAGUAAUAGACGAUGGCCGAAGGAAAUUUAUCAAAUGGCUGUUUAUCAAAUUUCGAAGAACUGAGUGCAACAAGUAACGAUGUCGAACAAAUGAAGAACAUAGAUAACUUGCUAAAAUGCGGCAUUUGUUACGAAUAUUUUACUACCUGCGUAGUUACAGAGUGCUCUCAUAACUUUUGUUCGCUUUGUAUUCGAAAAUAUAUCCAGUAUAAAACAGAAUGCCCAGUUUGUUUCAAGCCAUUGUACGAUUCUCAAUUACGAGCGAAUCGAAUUGUCGACAACUUGGUGAACAUUUUUCCAGAUUUGAAGGAUCGAAUUAUUCGUCAUCUACGAACGUUGAAAACGUUGAAACCGAAUUGCAUUUACGUUUCUCCGCAAAAAAAAAGUGAAGUAACGCCUGUAAAAACAUCAGUUUCACGUAAAUCUAUUUCAAAAACGCCGAAAAGUUUUAUCAUCGAAAACACCGAAGCAAAAGAAUCAAAUACUCCAGUUGCUGGUUCAAGUCGACACAGUACACAGACCCCGGAACCCAGUAAAGUGAUAAUUCCAAAAAUAUUCCAGAGCCCCGUGAAAAAAAGUCAUUCCAGUAGUGAUAAUGUUGCUCAAAAACACGUGAAAUGUCCAGUGUGUUCAGUUGAUAUUUUAGAACGUAAUAUCAAUCUACAUUUGGAUGACUGCUUGAAUAGAAGCAAAGACGAAAAAAAAAAAGAACAAAUACCUCCGAAACGCCAGCAUUUACCAAAGCUCGUAUACAGAUUAAUGUCUGAGAAAAGUUUGCGCUCAAAAGUUAAAGAACAUGGAUUAAACGCUCAAGGAGACUUUGAAACGUUGAAAAAUCGUUUACAGAAGUACACUGCUUUGUACAACGCAGAAUGCGAUAAAACUGAUCCGAGACCAGUUCAAGACAUAAUUCGUCAACUGGAGAGAGAGGAAAAAGCGCUUUCAAGUCAAAAGUUACCAAAAAGCAUCUUUAACGUUACUCGGGACGAAGUGUCAAAAGAAGAGCUCAAUGAACAAUACUUGAAGGAAAAUAAACCCACUUUUCAAAAACUAAUCGAAUCCGUCAAACAACGCAAGCAAUCUAAAAUUCCUGAAACGAAUUCUGACAACGAAAAAGAUUCUAAGGAAAAUAUCCUAAUAUUCCAUUGCGAACCGUCCACGUCGAAAUCGAGUUUCAGCAAUUGCUACAACAGUGACGUUGAUACAAAAGAUUGGAUCGACAUCGAAGAACACGAUAUAAAACACGAGCCAGCGGUUGAAAUAAAAGAAGAAAACGUUGAUCAAAAACCUGAAGUUAGUAACGAAGCAGACAAAAAAGAAGAAGAAGAUGAUGAUGAUGAUUUUGUUUCCACCCUUUUACAAAAAAGUCGUAGAAAAAGUAAACGAAAUCUUUUUCGAGCUCCCUCGUAUAAUAAUUUGGACAGCGAUGAUGAUGAUAAUUUUCUGUCUUCGUCGAAGAAAAGCCUCGAAUCGAGUGAUGAUAUUUAUUCAAAUCAUUCCGACGAUUCUACCGAUUUUGAAGACCAUUCCAGCUCUCCCGUGUUAGAGAAAAAAAACGCAAGGAAACGUGGUAAAAAAGAAACACGUGGGAAGAAUAUUAGAAAGAGAAAGAAGUGAAGAUUUGUGCAUUAUUAAGAAUGUUGUUUUUCAUUCAAUUUUUUUAUAUUGUUAAUUUACCAGGUAUCUAUACGCUUAAUUAUGUAGUACAGUGAAUAAGAAAUUCGAAUUGCUCUGAUCGAGGAUUACGUAUUGUUAUAAAAUUAUGGGAGAAACCAGCUUUAUUAAUCAUUAAUUGAAACUAAAUGCGAACUUGUGUCGUUAUUCGUAACUUACUCAUACAACGUUACGACAUUUUUUGAUGUUUGAAUUUUAAUUUUCGAUUUUUUUUUUAUUUUUUACUAAAAUAAUGAUUUGCGAGCAGUAAAUUGAAAUUGUCUGAAUUUUUCUUGUUCAUGUCGUGUAUCUAAUAGAGCUAAAUUUUGCUGAAAUCUCGAUUUCAAAUGUUUUUUGCUCGACUUAUACUUCUAAAAUCAUACAAUAAUAAAAUGAAAAAAUUUGAGAUGUUUUGUAAGGUUUAAUAUGCAACGGUUUCCUCGACCAGGGCAGCUUUCGGAAAGGUUCGUGUGUCUUUAAUUGAUUGCAUAAUAUGACAAUCAGAUCCAGAACUUGUGAUAUCUUUAUAAUCUAUGUUUAAUGUUUUCUUAAUUUUGUUUAUCUUUGAAAAUUAAAAUGCCAUGUGAAUUGUGAA